UAUUGCUUUACUGCUCCUUCUGUCACUUCCUGAAGCGAACACUGUCUAAAUAUGUGGAGUUACAAACAACGGAUAACCUGAAAUAUUCUGGACCUUUGACACACCGGGCCAGGAAAUAUUGUCCUACAACAAAGAUUAUUUGCACGUUACUGGUCUAAAGCAUGUCACUGUGGCAGUAUCUGACAACACUCUUGCUGAUAGCUGUUCAACUAUGCAAAGUUCAGACAUGCGAUAACUUCACAGAUCUAGAUCUGGCUCACUCAAUCAUAGGAACUGACCUCAGGAUUAGAUUGCUGCUGUACACCAAUUCUACUGCAACAUGUGGUUCACUUGUGUCCCACACCAACCUGUUAGCCCACCCUCAGUUCAACAUGUCCAGGCCAACCACCUUCGUUGUUCAUGGCUAUCGGCCCACAGGAUCUCCACCGAUGUGGCUUCACAACAUCACACAGCUGCUGCUGGUCAGGACAGACGGUAACGUCAUAGUAGUGGACUGGAACCACGGGGCUACCAAUGUGAAUUAUUUUAAAGUAGUGGAGAACACACACAAGGUAGCUGACAACCUCACUGCUUUCAUCAAAAUGAUGCAGGAAAGUGGUGCCUCUCUGAGCUCCAUCCACAUGAUCGGAGUCAGUCUUGGAGCUCAUAUAUCAGGCUUUGUAGGCGCAAACCUGAAUGGGGCAAUCGGAAGAAUUACAGCUCUGGAUCCUGCUGGGCCUCAGUUCACCGGCGCUACUCCAAACAAUCGGCUGGAUGCCAAAGAUGCCCAGUUUGUGGAUGUUCUUCAUACAGACAUGGAUGCCCUGGGCUUCAGAGAACCUUUAGGUCACAUUGAUUUCUAUGCAAAUGGAGGAGCAGACCAACCUGGAUGUCCCAAAACCAUCUUUUCUGGAACAGCCUAUUUCAAAUGCGACCACCAGAGAUCAGUGUUGCUCUACCUUGACUCUCUGAGUCGGACGUGCUUCACCAGGAGCUUCCCCUGCUCCUCUUACAAGGACUUUCUGAAUGGUAACUGCAUGAACUGUGAGCAGUUUGGAGAAGAUGGAUGUCCUGCCUUUGGUUAUGACGUCAUAGAGUGGAAAGACGUCCUGCUGCGCCUGGGGCAAACAAAAGCUUACUUCACCACAAAUAAAGAGACUCCAUUCUGCAUGACAAACUACAAGGUAGAAGUGGUGAUAUGGAACCAGGUGGAACGCUGGGGCUACAUCACUGUUAAACUUCAUGGGAAUGGUGAAGAAGCAGUGGCAACCAUCGACCAUAAAGCAUCAAACUUCCAGAAGUACAAAAAUACAUGGUUGUUUGCCCAGUUUGACAAAGAUGUAAAGUCAGUGAAUAAGGUGUCUCUCACAUUCUCCACUGGGAACGUGUUCAAGCCCAAAUAUAAGCUGCGUAUCCUCCAAGUCCGUCUCACACAUCUGGAACGCAGGGACAGGCCUCUCUGUCGAUACGACAUCAUUCUUGAGGAGAACAAAGAAGAUACCUUCAGGCCUAUUCCUUGUGAAGACUCCAACUUCUGAGGUAAAAUCCUGGAUCGUACAGAAAAAGAAUACGGACUGCCAAAGAAAACGCCAACCUGCCACAAUGUGACCAUUUUGAUCUGAAAAUGAAAAUGUAAUAUACCAAAUUAUGUAUAUAUGUUUUUAAGAGGAAAU